UUGUAACGGGAUGUUUCAGUAACAACUUCCGGGUAAAUCGUGACGACCUUGGUUAGUUGACCAACAUGGCGGCUAUCGUGCGCUUGACUUCUGUUUGUCGCAGAGGAGUCCACCCUCUAUUCUACCAAAGCACCUUGCUGGCAAGGCCGUUGAUUCUACCACACAAACAUCAGGAGCAGACUUACAUGCUCACUGCAAGGAUUCAUGCUUCCCAAGCCCUAAGUGCGAGCUCCGGCUCCAAAGCUGCCUCUCUGCACUGGACAGCUGAGCGAGUGUUGAGCAUCCUGCUGCUAGCCAUGGGGCCUGUUGCCUAUUUUCACCCCGGCCCUGCUAUCGAUUACUCUCUGGCUGCUGCACUCACCCUCCAUGGACACUGGGGUCUAGGGCAGGUUUUGACAGAUUAUGUUCAUGGGGAGACCAAGAUCAAGAUCGCCAAUGCGGGCCUCUUCCUUCUGUCCACGGUCACGUUCGCAGGCCUUAGCUACUUCAACUACAACGAUGUGGGCAUAUGCAAAGCCAUUGCCCUGCUUUGGAGCAAAUGAACCUGAAUGUGAGCUCGGAAGAAUGACCUCAAUGUGUUUCAGAGAAGUUCUUAGAAAUACACGGUCGGCUUUGACAAUAUUUCCAGUGAUUCACGUGUGCGUAAUUGUACUUUAUAUUCAUCAGUUGUGCUCAAUUUGGUCAGUUGAGUUACUGAUGGGCAAUUUCCUGGGGGGUGGGGAUAAACUUGUCAAAGCUCAGUGUGGGCUGGAAUUUAGGAUGAAGUAGGCCAAUGUCUUUUAUAGUCUGUACCAUAUCAUGUUAGUGACUCAUCGUAGUUCAUUUCGCCAUAAAACAUUUGUCACAUUGUACAGACCAGAAUAGUCUUAUUUGACCUGUAAUUAUUAUUUUUUGUUGUUUUUUCCACGAGGAUUCGAGUUGUUGGAUGGAUUUUCUUUCACUUAUACAUACCUUUGAUCUUCAAUCCAUCUGAUGUAAGAUGUGCUCCAUUGGUGUGUUUAAAUGUUGCAUUUGAGACGCUUCAUCUCGGUCAAAGGUUGAUAGCUGCCCUCUUGACAACCAAACAGCAUGUACUUGUACCUGUCCUUUACUGUAUGUCACUCAGCUUUACUGUAACGACCACUUCAGAGUAUAAAGUAUAAAGAGUAUAAGCAUUUUA